AGUAUAUAUAAAUUAGAUAGAGAGGGAGGAGAGAUUUUUCGGACUCUACGACUUGCUUUGCUAGCUCCUCUCAGAAUCUGAGAGCUGAGAGAGCUGCUUAUUUCCAAAGUGCUUUUAUUUUUUGGUUCGGAAUGGGAAACUGCUGCUCCGAUGACGCCGGCGGCCAGACGGCCGUCGGCGGCACCGCCGCUUCUCACGGCAAUCCCAACGACGCUCACAACGACGCCGUCGAUCACCUCCUCAAGACCCGCGGCUACCACGGCCUCUUCUCUCAGAUCGAGUUAUCCUUGGCUGCUAUAGACUUGCGUGAUCGGGACGUGCUCUCGAAGAGUGAUCCCAUGGUGGUCGUAUAUACAAAAGGAAGAGAUGGAGGGCUUGUAGAGCUUGGCCGCACUGAAGUAGUUCUAAAUUCAUUAAAUCCGAAAUGGAUCACAAAGCAUAAUGUCACUUAUCAUUUUGAGGUCGUACAGACUUUGGUGUUUCGCGUGUAUGAUGUCGAUACUCAGUUUCACAAUGUGGAAGUGAAGAUGCUUAAGCUAGAUGAGCAACAAUUUCUUGGCGAGGCAACUUGUGCAUUGUCGGAGAUAGUUGCAAAAUCAGACAGAUUAUUAACCCUGGAUCUUGUAUAUAGAGAGGAAUCGAGCAGAUCAAACCGUGGAAAGCUCAUUGUGCAUGCUGAGGAGUCUGUUAGCUCAAAGACAACAAUUGAGAUGAGUUUGAGGUGUUUAGAUUUGGAAUACAAGGAUCUCUUCUCAAAAAGUGACCCUUUUUUGGUAAUAUCGAAAAUUGCGGAUAGUGGGAUCACAAUUCCAGUUUGCAAAACAGAAGUCAUAAAGAACGAACUCAAACCUGCAUGGAAGCCAAUAUAUUUGAAUAUUCAACAAGUUGGAAGCAAGGACAGCCCCUUGAUAAUAGAGUGUUUUAACUUCAACAGCAAUGGCAAACAUGAUUUGAUUGGAAAAGCUCAAAAAUCACUGGCUGACCUGGAAAAGCUUCAUACUAGUGGACAAGGAGAAAAUUUAUUUAUACCUGCUGGGCAUGAUCACCACAACAAGACACUGAAGAGUCAACUAUUUGUGGACAAGUUUACUGAGAGUGUUCAACACACGUUCCUUGAUUACUUGGCUGGGGGCUGUGAAUUAAAUUUCAUGGUGGCUGUUGAUUUUACAGCUUCAAAUGGGAACCCUCGCCUGCCCGAUUCUUUGCAUUAUAUAGAUCCUUCAGGAAGAACAAAUGCAUACCAGAGAGCAAUCAUUGAGGUUGUGGAGGUGUUGCAGUUUUAUGAUUCAGACAAGCGCUUUCCAGCCUGGGGAUUUGGAGCCCGACCAAUCGAUGGUCCAGUUUCUCAUUGCUUCAACUUGAAUGGGAGUAGUCAUCACUGUGAGGUUGAAGGAAUCCAAGGAAUUAUGGUGGCAUAUUCAAGUGCCCUCCAAAAUGUUUCUCUUGCCGGACCAACUCUUUUUGGACCCAUAAUCACUAAUGCUGCAUCAAUUGCCAGCCAGUCUCUUGCGAAUGGUGGACAAAAAUACUUCGUUUUGUUAAUAAUCACGGAUGGAGUAGUCACAGAUCUCCAAGAAACCAAAGAUGCCCUCGUGAAAGCAUCUGACCUGCCAUUGUCAAUCCUCAUUGUUGGAGUAGGAGGAGCUGACUUCAAAGAAAUGGAGAUUUUGGAUGCUGACAAGGGUGACAGGCUUGAAAGUACGACUGGGCGUGUUGCUUCACGUGAUAUAGUGCAGUUUGUUCCAUUCCGAGAUGUACAAAGUGGAGAAAUUUCCGUUGUUCAGGCGCUUUUAGCAGAAUUACCAUCUCAGUUUCUGACUUACAUGCGAUCCAGAAAUAUUAAACCAAAUUUGUGAACAUGUAAACAACUGUACAUAUGAAGAUUCAUGUUCUACUCUUGAUUGUCAUGCAGUAUGAGCCUGAAGGUUUUAUUUUACUUUUCCUUUUUGGUUGCACGCAAGGCAAUCCUAAUGUCCUUUUAUCACAAAGAACAAUUUUAUGUUGCACCAUCAUGUUGGAGUUGGUAUUGAUGCCCACAGCUGCACAGUCCUGGUAGCAUUUGUGAGACUGCCAACUUGAGGUGCACACAAUUUUUCUUUCCCAGGCGUUUGGUUAUACAACCAGAGGCGCUCAACGUGAACAUUUAAGGAGGCAGGAUUGUUCUGUUGCAAUGGGAACACGUUUCUUUCAAAAUCAACAAUUGGAGAAAGAUGUGAAGAACAGUACUUUUCAGAAUAGAAAUACAAGUGUUUUCGUAUGAAAAUUGUAGUUCUGUAAAGUGUUCAAAUAUUACAUAUAGCCUUUUUCCUGGACUUUUUCUUUCCAAA